CGGAGUCUCCACCAUGUCGGCGGCAGCGCUGCAGGAACACUUUAAGGCGAACAGCAAGACCCGCGAGUUCCCUGCACACACCGCUAAGGUGCACUCGGUGGCCUGGAGCUGUGAUGGAAGACGCCUGGCAUCUGGCUCCUUCGAUAAGACGGCCUGUGUGUUUUUGCUGGAGAAGGACCGGCUGAUAAGAGAGAAUAAUUAUCGUGGUCAUGGUGAUAGCGUCGAUCAACUCUGCUGGCACCCUACAAACCCAGACCUCUUUGUCACUGCAUCAGGUGACAAGACUAUACGUAUAUGGGAUGUUAGAUCUGAGAGGUGCAUUACAACUGUCACCACAAAAGGGGAAAAUAUAAAUAUCUGCUGGAGCCCAGACGGUCAGACCAUUGCAGUAGGAAAUAAGGACGAUGUUGUCACCUUUAUAGAUGUAAAAACCCAUCGCCCCAGAGCAGAGGAGCAGUUCAAGUUUGAGGUCAAUGAAAUCUCCUGGAACAAUGAUAAUAAUAUGUUCUUUCUUACCAAUGGGAAUGGCUGCAUUAACAUUCUGAGUUAUCCAGAGCUCAAGCCAAUUCAGUCCAUUAAUGCUCACCCUUCAAAUUGCAUUUGUAUAAAGUUUGACCCGACUGGAAAGUAUUUUGCCACUGGCAGCGCAGACGCACUUGUCAGUCUUUGGGACAUAGAAGAGCUGGUGUGUGUGCGCUGUUUCUCCAGGUUAGACUGGCCUGUGAGGACAUUAAGCUUCAGUUAUGAUGGAAAAAUGCUGGCAUCUGCUUCUGAAGACCAUUUCAUUGACAUUGCACAUGUUGAGACAGGUGAGAAGUUAUGUGAAGUUCAAUGUGAAUCGCCUACAUUCACUGUUGCCUGGCAUCCCAAGAGAUAUCUUUUGGCAUUUGCCUGUGACGAUAAGGAUGGCAAAUAUGACAGUAGUCGUGAAGCUGGCACUGUAAAAUUAUUUGGUCUUCCAAAUGACUCUUGAAAAGCAAUAGCUCCAGAAAGACUGUUUAGCUUUUGUCUAUGCCCCAACCCCUAAUGCCAAUACUUAUACCUGAAAGAAGCCAGGAUCAAGAUACAUGCUGAACGCAACACUUUCUUUUGUAGUAAAAUUUCAAUUUGUAUUAAAACCUUUCCUUUUUUUU